AAACGUAUUUCUUCAGAAUUAACAGCAUUUUAAUUUAGUUAUUCAUCACUCACAAAUGUGGCAUUGGCAUCAUUUUGGUAUGUUCUUCAAUCACAUUGCCGCCAAUUUUUGGUUAACGCAUUGCAAACUAGACCAAGGCGACAUUCUGUGCCACGGACGCCUUUUCGAUACUAUGGCAACCAAGGUACUCCAGUUGUUGUUUUGAGAUCAACAAAACAAACACAAGCUUAGCGGUGCAACCAGGGAAGUCUUGUUUGUUAUUCUGUGAGGCGUUGUGAAAAUCGAUUCGAAUUUAAGCCAAAUUUGUAGACGUCACCCCGGACGGUUGUUUGGUUUGCAAAGUUGGUCGUAAUCCUGAAGCUUUCAAUGAUCACAGAUAAGCGAGCGAAUAUUUGUUAUAACGCGAGUGUAGCAUGGUACCGGUUCUGAGUGAGAAAAGGCGUCGCUUAAAAGUUUCCUCCUAGCCCACGGUGGAGCGUGCUGAGCCACACUCCAAGCUAUCAAGCUUUGUAAUUAAUUAUUUAAUAAAUAGACGGACUUUGUUAGACGUCGUACGGUUACCCGGUGUAGUUGGGCACUGCUGAGUGGAGUAUUGAAGCACGGAGAACGGCCGAAGACAACUUACUAGGAACAACAUGCCACUAAAGUCAAGCCAAAGGCGACCCUCGCAUCGCACGCCAUCAAUGGCAAAACCAGGAAAAAAUGAACCCGUCGAUAACGACGAGUUCGAGUCGUGGGUUAAAGCGAAACAGCUGCUGAGACCCGACGAUCAGCUGGACCUUACAGAAGCCGAGCUGGGCGAAGAGAUUCCCAAAUUGUUGUCCACGGAGAAUCGUCACUUGCCAAGAAACUUGGUGCUUUUCAAUUUCCACGAGGGAGCAUAUGUUCCAGUUCCUCCACCGGAGAACACGGUUACACUACUGGAGUUUGAAGGGACGGCAUUGCAUAAGGAAGCCCCUGAGGCUAAAGAACAGAUCGCUCGAAAAGGAACCGAUGAGCUGUACGCCACAUUGGACAAACCGGCGGAACCAGGUCCGGAAGAGGAUCAAGGCCCGUCGCCGAAGUCCGAAUCCCCGGACGGCGAAGAAACAGAACGUGACGAAGAUGAAGCUGAAGCUGAAGCGGAAGCCCAAGAACAGGAAGAAGAAGUACAAGCCGCUCCUGAGGAGGAAGCACCGAAGAAAAAGCUGACCAACCAGUUCAACUUCUGCGAACGUGCUGCGUUGACUAUUGCUAAUCCUUCGAGGGCUGUCGAUACGCAAACCGUGCCGCCACCGAGGUCCACGUACGGAGCGAGUGUACUGCAGUGGGUGAUUUACGACUCGUACGCCGAGGACUAUGCCCACCAGCAGCGGGAGAAGGAGCGCGAAAAGGAGAAGAAGCCAACUCUGCACAAGCGAGAUGAAAAAUCACGCAAAGACGACAAGGCUAAACAGGCGGAGGAGUUUAACAAGCGCUAUCUGCAGGCUUGUCAGAUCAUUGAGCGAAUGGUUAAUCAGAACAUUUACGACGAAAUCGCCCAAGAUUAUCGUUACUGGGAGGACCCUUCGGAUGAGUUCCGUGAAGAGGAAGGUACCCUGCUGCCGCUGUGGAAGUUUUCCUACGAGAAAACCAAGAAAAUGUGCGUCACGGAUUUGUGUUUUAAUACGCUUUAUUACGAUCUGUUCGCUGUGUGCUUCGGAACGUUGGAUUUCAUGAAACAAGGCAACGAAGGAGCGGUUUGCCUGUUCACAAUCAAAAACCCAUCGUUUCCGGAUUACAGAAUAACGACUGAGAGUGGCGCCAUGUGCUGCGAUAUUCAUCCCAAGUAUCCGUACUUGAUAGCUAUUGGGCUGUACGACGGAAAUGUGAUUGUGUACAAUCUGCAGGUGGGCACCAAGGAGCCUGUCUACAUGUCCCACGGAGUCAACGGGAAGCACUCCGAGUGCGUGUGGGAGAUCAAAUGGGGGCCGGAUAUGCAGGAUGGGGAGAUAAACUUUUACUCCGUAUCUGGCGAUGGGCGUGUAUUCAAUUGGGUGCUGAUGCAGAAUAAACUCGCAAUCACCACGAUUAUAUCGCUGUUUCUAGAUAUCGACCAGGUCGGCGGACCGGACGGGAGUAGCCUGAAGCUGAAGGGCUGCGGCAUGUGUAUGGUGUUCCAUCCCAAUAAUCCCGAGAUAUUUCUGGUGGGAACAGAAGAGGGAUACAUAUUCAAAUGCAGCACGGCGUACAGCUCAAAAUAUCUUAUGACAUAUUAUGCUCACUACCUGUCGGUGCACCGGAUGGAUUACAAUAAGUUCAACUCGAAUAUUUUUGCAUCCUGCAGUGGCGAUUGGCGAGUAAAGAUAUGGGAGGACAUGCGGCCAGAGCCGUUGUUUAUUUUCGAUCUGGGCGCUUCGGUUGGCGAUGUCAAGUGGGCACCGUACUCCAGCACCGUAUUCGCCGCUGUUACCACCGAGGGAAAAGUGUUCGUGUUCGAUCUGAACGUGAACAAGUAUAAGGCGAUUUGUAUCCAAGCCGUCGUAUCCAAGCGAAAGAAUAAAUUGUCCCGGUUGGCGUUCAACCAUAAGCUACCGUUUAUCAUUGUCGGAGAUGACAAAGGAACGACAAUUACGUUGAAACUGUCGCCGAAUUUACGUGUCAAAACGAAAGCACCGAAAAAGGCCGUUCCGGUGGAUCCGCACAUGCUGGAGGUGCAGAAGCUGGAUCGGCUGUUGUCGCUGGUGCGGGAGCUUCCUGAGGGUGAAAUGGUGAAGGAAACGGUUAGCACGGUAGCUUCCAACUAAACGCUUCCGCAGCGAAGCAGUCAGUAAGCGGCGUGGCAAGGAAUGUGAAUUUAUCAGUCUACCAUUGAACAACUCUGCGCGUUGAAUGUAGUGGAAACAAUAAAUUAUUUAUUUCUUAACUAAUGUAUGAAAA